ACUGUGCCUUUUCCGUCUUCGCCAUCUUGGUGUUCGAUCGCGGAGGAAACAUCUUCCACAGCUCAGCAGCGGGUGUGGUUCGGACUAGGACGGGUGGUUCACCUAACAGUCCCUUUACUAUUUUCAGCUACGAGAAAGGGGGGAAAUAUCCCGACAAAAGCUACGGAGGUGCCACUCGACUCUGACAAAACUGCUGUGCGGGCUGAGGGCAAGCAACAACAAUGGCUACCCAGUCUGAUCUGAUGGAGCUGGACAUGGCUAUGGGAGACAGCAAAGCUGCUGUGAGCCAGUGGCAGCAGCAGUCCUACCUGGAUUCAGGGAUCCAGUCAGGUGUCACCACCACAGCACCGUCUUUGAGCGGCAAAGGGAACCCCGAUGCCGAGGAGGAUGAUCCAACUCUUUAUGACUGGGAGUUCAAUCAGCCCUUCACACCUGAGGCUACAGACAUCGAGGGUUACGCCAUGACCCGAGCCCAGCGUGUGCGUGCUGCUAUGUUCCCGGAGACUCUGGAAGAGGGACUUCAGAUCCCACCCACCCAGCUGGAGGCCGCUCACCCAACAGCAGUGCAGCGCCUGGCCGAGCCGUCUCAGAUGCUAAAGCAUGCUGUGGUCAACCUGAUCAACUACCAGGAUGACGCUGAGCUGGCCACCCGGGCCAUCCCUGAGCUCACCAAGCUCCUCAACGAUGAGGACCAGGUUGUUGUGAACAAAGCUGCUGUGAUGGUGCAUCAGCUGUCAAAGAAGGAGGCAUCGCGUCACGCCCUCAUGCGUUCACCCCAGAUGGUGUCAGCUGUUGUUCGUGCCAUGCAGAACACCAGCGACGUGGAGACGGCACGUUGCUCUGCUGGCACUUUGCACAACCUUUCCCACCAUCGCGAGGGGCUCCUCGCCAUCUUUAAGUCUGGAGGCAUCCCUGCCCUCGUCAAGAUGCUGGGCUCACCGGUGGACAGUGUUUUGUUCUACGCCAUCACCACACUCCACAACCUGCUGCUGCACCAGGAAGGGGCCAAGAUGGCCGUGCGCCUCGCUGGGGGGCUGCAGAAGAUGGUAGCUCUGUUGGCCAACACCAACGUGAAGUUCCUGGCCAUCACUACUGACUGUCUCCAGAUCCUGGCGUACGGCAACCAGGAGAGCAAGCUGAUCAUUCUGGCCAGCGGGGGGCCCCAAGCCCUGGUCAACAUUAUGAGGACCUUCACGUAUGAGAAGCUGCUGUGGACCACCAGCAGGGUGCUCAAGGUGCUCUCGGUUUGCUCCAGCAACAAGCCGGCCAUUGUCGAAGCCGGUGGCAUGCAGGCUUUGGGACUCCAUCUGACCGACCUGAGCCAGCGUCUGGUCCAGAACUGCCUCUGGACUCUGAGGAACCUUUCAGACGCUGCCACUAAACAGGAGGGCAUGGAGGGCCUCCUGGGCACCCUGGUCCAGCUGCUGGGCAGUGAUGAUAUCAAUGUGGUGACAUGUGCUGCUGGCAUCCUCUCCAACCUGACCUGCAACAAUUACAGCAACAAACUCAUGGUGUGCCAGGUCGGCGGCAUCGAGGCUUUGGUACGGACCGUACUUCGGGCAGGUGACAGAGAGGACAUCACAGAACCGGCUGUCUGCGCCCUGCGUCACCUGACCUCCCGCCACCAGGAUGCUGAGAUGGCCCAGAAUGCCGUGCGUCUCCAUUACGGCCUGCCUGUGGUGGUCAAACUGCUGCACCCUCCGUCCCACUGGCCACUAAUCAAGGCAACUGUUGGGCUCAUUCGUAACCUGGCCCUCUGCCCGGCCAAUCACAGCGCUCUGCGUGAGCAGGGCGCCAUUCCCCGGCUGGUCCAGCUGCUGGUCAGAGCUCACCAGGACACCCAGAGGCGCACAAGCAUGGGAGGCAACCAGCAGCAGUUUGUGGAGGGUGUGCGUAUGGAGGAAAUAGUUGAAGGCUGCACAGGAGCUCUGCACAUCCUGGCCCGGGAUGUCCACAACAGAAUCGUAAUCCGAGGACUCAACACCAUUCCACUCUUUGUCCAGCUGCUGUACUCUCCGGUGGAGAACAUCCAGCGUGUUGCAGCAGGAGUCCUGUGUGAGCUGGCCCAGGACAAAGAAGCUGCCGAGGCCAUCGAAGCAGAGGGCGCCACCGCGCCGCUCACCGAGCUGCUGCACUCCCGGAACGAGGGCGUUGCCACCUACGCCGCAGCAGUGCUGUUCCGCAUGUCUGAAGACAAACCCCAGGACUACAAGAAGCGUCUGUCAGUGGAGCUGACCAGCUCGUUGUUUAGGACUGAACCCAUGGCCUGGAACGAUACUGGAGACCUGGGGCUGGACAUGUCGGCGCAGGGAGACCCGCUGGCCUACAGGCAGGAUGAUGGAGCGUAUCGAGCCUACCCAGCAGCUUAUGGGCCUGACACCCUGUUGGACCCCAUGAUGGAGGGAGCGGACUUCCACACAGACGCGCUGCCAGACCUGGGUCAUCACACCGACCCAUUACCAGAUCUGGGCCACACCCAGGAACUGAUGGACAGCAACCAGCUGGCCUGGUUUGAUACCGACCUGUAGGAUUGUUGUUUCUGGUCCAACCUGCGUCGUGGCUGUCCUGUCUUGUCUGAAGCAGCAUUCUGUAAACCGUUGAAGGUAAAGAGGAACGGGAAGUCUUGGGAAGUGCCUCACAACGAGAAAAUAAAGAUGGUUGCCACAGGAUUGUUAAAGCAAGUUGAAACAAUGGAAAGAAUGAUUUCCAAGUAUCAAAGAAUAAAGUUUAACAAAAAUAAAUCACACAAUGGAGGUGUAAUAGCAGGUGACGAGUGCACAUGAGGUUGAUCUUGAGUGUGAACACGUUUAGCUCUGCCUGUAUUAUCAGAUUUUUCUGUUUCUGUUCUUUUCUUAUCUUUUUGUAUGACUUUGUAUUACUCAUCAUCUGUUAUGGUACUGACCCAGCUAGCCUUCACGCUCGCCAUCUUCAGUUUCUCUUCAGUGCUAAUCAUUUGUAAUUUUUCCUUUUUUUAUUUUAAGAACGUAUAUUACACCUAGUGUUAAGUUAUAGUGAUAUUAUACGAUGUUCCUUUUGGUUAUGGUCGAAUGUGUAGAACACUAAUAAUCAGUUGAAAUGUACUCUGACUUCAAGUGUAACAUUGUGUAGUUUUUUUUUUCUAUAUAAUCUCAAAAAUGGAGAAAUAUGCCCUCUUAAUAUGUGCUUGUUUAAGCAUAAAAUACGUCGGUGUCAAAUGUUCUAAAGGGGAUUCGGGGUCAAAUCUGAGGGUGGGUCAGGGGAAAUCUAGAGACAAGUGUUUUAUAUACAGUAUCACUGGUAGGUUAACUAUUUUGUAUGCUAUCUUUGGAUGUCUGAUGGAAAAAUGAAUGCUAUCAUUGGUGGUCUGGUAACAGCCAGUUGUACCUGCCAUCAAAGGUAGCUAGGUUGUAGUCCUGCUGUGUUUGUUCCGGAGACGAGGUGGCGACACGGCUGAAACAAUAAAGACAUUUUAUUUCA